AUCCAUCUUUACACACGGUAAUGUAAGUUUUGAGUUUUUACCCGGUAAAUUUCGAACAUGACUUGUGUUACAGCAUUGAGGACACUUCUAAAACCACCAGAUAUUAGCGGUAUAACUUCACACAGUUUUUGUUUUUAUACGGUGUUUUUGACAAGAGACGUUCAAUGACAUUACUUUAACCCGGAAGUGAUGGUUCCUGACUUAAGGGUACAGAGUUUGACUUUAUACAUGUUGACCCGGUGUGUCAGACGGGUUCUGUUGAAGCCUAGUUUAUCCACAAUGAGAAGCACACAGUGUUCCAGAGGACGGUGCAGUCCAGCACCCCCUGAGGGUUCGGAYCGUGUUCGGACGCUUCUGCAGCUCUGCACGGACAGAUACUUCAUUUCCCCCGGGGAGACCAACGUGGAGCUGUUCCGGCGUGGCUUCAGUUGCUCUUACGGACCUCUGGGCGUGGAGCUGAGGAGAAACCUGCUGGAGCAGUGGUGGCACUCUGUCACUGGGUCCACAGCUCAGGUUUGGGGGGUAAAGACUCUGAGCAGCAGCCGGGAGGAGCGGGCAGCUUGUGGACCUCGACUUGUUGAAACUGAACAUUUCCAACAAAUGAGCAGAGAUCAGCUGGUCCAGGAGCUGCAGAGAUCACAGCGUGUCAGAACAAACUUGCUUCAAGGUGCUCUGGAACAGUUUGUCCCCUCCUUGGAGCUGGUGAACAGAAAGUUACCAUUUGGCCUGGCUGAGACGGGUCUGUGUUUCCAGCCGACUGAUCGCUCUGGUUGCUCAGCAGAAGUCACCCAGACAUCUUUAGUUUGGUUCUGCUCCCCCCGCACCUCCUCGCAGUGGCUGGAUCACUGGGCUCGACAGAGGCUGAAGUGGUGGCGGAAGUUUGCCUUGUCCCCGUCUGACUUCAGCAGCAGCGAGRUUCCAGAGGAGGAGCUUGACGAGGCGGCAUCUCAAGGGGUGAAGAUCAUGUACAGCUUUCCGUGGGGGCCAGAGUCUCUGGAGACGCUGUGGUGUCGAGGAGACGCUGAACUGCUGCACACACACGGAGGGGAUCGCUCCAAACUGCAGUGCCGAGACGGUCGGAAGUCGGUUCCUCACGUUGUCUCUGUUGGCGGGAACAUAGACCGGGGCAUGAUGGCUGUCCUGUCCAACUCAUUUCAGCAGCUGAAGAGAGAAGACGGCAAAAAGAAGCUGGAGCAGAGAAAGGUUUUGAAGUUGCAUCCGGUGUUAGCUCCGGUCAAAGUAGCUGUAGACAUUGAGAGAGGAGCCACUGUCGAGCUGAGGCAGGUUUGUGAUGGUCUUCUAAAGGAGUUUCUAGGAGCUAAGAUCUCUGCGUGGCCUGGAUACCUUGAAACUCUGCAAACAUCUUUGGAGCAGCUGAAUGCCAAAUAUGAUGAGAUGGGAGUUCUCUUCACGGUGGUGAUCAGUGAGAGCACUCUGGAGAGCGGGCUCCUUCAGGUCCGCAGCAGAGACACAACCAUCAGGGAGACUGUGCACAUCUCAGAAAUCAAAAACUUCCUAUCCAGAUACGUUUCUGCAGCCAACAACUUCUGAGUUUUUCUAUCAUUCUCAAAGUAUCUUAUUCGACGUGGAGCUUUUAUUUGCUGAAGAAGUCUCUUGGAGGAGAGAUGAACAUUUCACUAAAGAUGAUUUUUUUCUACCUGGAUUACUGAGAUGCAUCAGGACAGCUUUUAUUCACACAUUCUUUCUGAAAUUUUAUGUUUGUUUGUUUGAGGCGUGCCCCUAUCAUUACUAAAAGUUGUGUAUGUAUCUUGUGUAUUUUUUAUGUGAUUAGGUUUGUCAGAAUAAAGUCUGUCACAAUGGAAAA